CAUUUCCUAAUUACCCCUUCCGAGUUCCAACCAGCUGCAAACAUUAAUUAAUAAAAUGAGAAAAGCAAAACAAAAAUUUGUUGAAGUAAUUAGGCGGGAAAAAUUUCAAGCUGUCCAAAGGACUCUCAUUUUAGGGCUUGAACUUUUCAAAAAAUAGUUGCUGUUUCGUUGUUUCAAAUCACAAUGAAUACUAUUUCUUUGAAUUUGGAGGAUCCAAUUCGGGACGCAAUUUCAAGGAUCCGAUUCGGCCCGCAUUCCAACAACCUGCUAAUUUCUUCUUGGGAUUCAAGUCUCCGAUUGUAUGAUUUAGAUAGCUCUAAGCUUCGAAUGGAAGCUCCCGGGAAAGCUGCUCUCCUCGAUUGCUGUUUCGAGAAUGAGAAUGUGUGCCUUAGUGCUGCUUCUGAUGGUUCAGUUUACAGGUAUGAUUUGGAUUCGGGGGUUAAAGUCUCAGUGGGAAUUCAUGAUGAUGUAGCAACCUGUGUUGAGUAUUCUCCUACGACAUGUCAAAUAAUUUCUGCUGGUUGGGAUAGAAAGAUAAAUUUUUGGGAUGCUCGUUCAGCCCAAUCUCAUGGCUGCUUGAACAGCUUAGCUUCAGAGGUGGAGUCAAUUUCACUAUCUGGGUUCAGUUUGAUGGUUGCUGCUGGCUCCUCAGUUGAUAUAUAUGACCUACGAAGUUUUAAGAAAUCAGUUCACACGAAAGGCGUCAAAGUAAAAUGUGUACGGCCAAUUUUUAAUCCUAAAGGAUUUAUUGUUGGAUCAGUUGAUGGGCGAGUUCUUCUGGAGUACAUCUGCAGAUCCAGCUCAGACGAGGGGUCAGUAAAAGUUUGUCUUACUUUCUUUAUGUUUGAAAAGAUGAAAGUUUGUAGUACAUCAGACUACUGUAUGGUGAUUCUGGCCAGAUUACUCAAACAAUGCUAGGCACAGUUUAGGUUCAACUGUAAGUAGUCGAGUUCAUAUAUCAGGUCAGCAUUAGCUGAUAUUUUUCGGAAGAUGGUGUCUACCUGGCUUUCAAAUGCAUGGUGUAAAAAAACUAAAAGAGCAAAGAGCUGCUUGGCAUUCACCUGACAUCAUAAAUUCGCUUCUGCUUAUUUUGCUUAUAUGUUUGUAAGAACACUGGUCCAACUUUCC